AUGGAGCCCAGUGAGGUGACAUCAGAACGCGAUCCUUUGUUGCCACACAAGCCUUGUGUCAUCUGGAUGGCCACACCACCAAGGAGUCUCGGCAAGAACAAGAGCGGCCACAUCCUGAACAGCGAUUCACGCAACAUGAGCUUCCACUGCUACCCGUACUGGCGCAACAGGGAGCCUGAACGCAGGGUUGAGGACACAAGCAAGUUUGUCGCCGACAUGCUUGGUGUCGGUCAAAUGACUGUGUUCAGGGUUAGGGAGGAAGUUAAAGCUCAGGAUUUUUCGGGUGGCAAACUGACGACGCCCUCGCGAAAGCGCCCACGCAAUGCGGAGAAGACAAGACGCAGCGCGAAGUUUAACAGCUUCACGUUGUGCGCGCUGAGGUCAAGUGUGUACGAUUUCUUUCGCCACAACGAGAUACAGACGGUCGAGAAGAUAACUGCCGAGUUCUCGGAGCGUAUGGAACACCCACCACUAAGGCGGUGUACUGUGCGUCGCCUUCUUGCCGAGAUCGGCUUCAAGCAUAAAAAGAGAAGCCGCAACUCGCUGCUUAUCGACCGGGAUGACAUCACCGAUUGGCGGAAUCGCUACCUCCGGGACAUGGCGCGUUACCGGGCGGAAGGCCGAAAGAUCUUCUACCUGGACGAGACAUGGAAGCGCGGACGCCUGUUUGCUCGAGCAAAUGGCCUGACGACGGGUCUAAAACGACCUUCUGGGAAGCGUCAGCGCCUGAUCGUGAGGCACAUCGGCAGCGAGGAUGGCUUCGUCGACGGCUGCUUGGAUGUAUUCCGAGGCCAAAAGACAGACGACUACCACCAGGAAAUGGACGGCAAUUACUUUGACGGCUGGUUCAAUGGCGUUCUGCAAAAGUUGCCAGCUGGUAGCGUCAUUGUUUUAGACAAUGCACCUUACCAUAGCCGGCGAGAAGAGAAAUUGCCGACGACGGCCUGGAAGAAGGAAGAGAUACAGGAGUGGCUCACAAGCAAGAACAUCACCUACGGUAAAAGGAUUAUAAAGAAGCAGCUGCUUGAGCUGGUGGCAUUUGUAAAGUCACGUUUUCUGAGCUACAUCGUAGACAACACAGCUGUAAGGGCCGGUUGCCUUGUACUCAGGCUCCCGCCGUACCACUGCGAAUUUAAUCCCAUUGAGCUUGUGUGGGCCAAGGUCAAAAAUGGCAUCGCUGCGGACAACAGAGACUUCAAGCUGUCCACGGUCGACGCCAUCUUGAGAGAUAAAAUCAAGCGAGUAACGGCGGAAAAAUCUGAUGUUCUUUAA